AAUUUGGCGAAGUUGAGAAAUAGAAACAUGCAAUUCAAUUAUUCAGAUCUCGUAAAUAAACCAGUUGAAAUGUCUUAGUGAAUAACAUAAUCUUAAGAUAGAUUUAUCAGAAAUCAACAAAAUGUAUCAACGUGGCAAUCUUUCCCAGAACAUGAACCCUGCUCAAAGAUUAGAGAUUUUGAAGAAAGAAAUGGAACAUCUGGCAGUGGAGAAAGAAAUUCUUCAGGCUCAAACACGUAAUCUUGAAAUGGAGAAAGAAGUUUGUAAAUUACGUCAAGGCAUAUUGGCCCUACAAUCUAAUACUGGUGUUUCUACAAGUGAAACAACAGCGUCUAAAGCAUCAACUAGUGAUGAGAUAGUUGUCACACCAAGACGAAUUGUCAAAAAAUCUGCCAACAAAUCACCAAUUCAACCAGCUUUUAGCCCACCAAGAUUUAUAAGAAGGUAUGAAGAACCAGAAGAAGAGAGACCUCCUAUAUUAACACCUGCCGCUCGCAUGGUUCAAGCUAGUUUAGAUUUAAAUAAAAGUCAAACGAAACCCUUAAAAGCAUCAACUUUUAUGGAAAGAAAACAAGCAAAAAGAGAAGCAGAGGAAUCAGUCCAGCCUGUGUCUACUCCACCUUUUAGAUUGAAUGAUAGCAGUCCUGAAUGUAGUCAUCCUGUUAAAAGACAAAGAAGGUCUAAUUUAGAAAGAUUUAAUGAUGACGACGAGUUUGAUUCUAUAGACUCUCAUGCCAAUAAACUGUCUGAUCAGAGACAAUCUAGUCCUAGUAAACCAGCCAAGAUGGAUAACAAAAGGGAAAGUGUUAAAUCAGAAGUAUUGACCCCUACUGCAAGAAUGAUCAAAGUCGAGAUGGAAAAGAAACAAGCUGAAAAGGAAGCUACUGAAAAGGCCAAACAAGAUGCAUUAAAAGCCAAGAAAAUGGCUAAAGAGGUUGAGAAGAAGAUUGCUGAUCCAGAUGUCAGUUUUUCCUUACAACGGCCACAUCUUAAGAAAAAGAUUGACAAAGCAAUAGCCAGCACUACCAUUGUUGAGCAAUCAAUCCACAAGAAACAAACUGAAGAUGAAGUAAUCUUGACCCCAGCAGCCAAAAAAGUCCAAGCUGAUUUGGAUUCAAAGAAAACAGUGAUACACAGAACUGAAAAUAUUGUAGUGACGGAAACCAGAAAACAAGUUGUUGUCAGUCCAAAGAUCAUCUCAGAAAAUAAAUCUGAUAAUAGCUCCAGUGAUUCAGAAUCUAAAUUAACCCCUACUGCACGUGCUGUCAAAGAGUUAAUGGAAUCAAAAUUACAGGCACAGAAGAAGCCAUCACCAAAACCAGUUUCACCAACUAUUAGAAAACCAGUCUCACCAGUUUCUCUCACAGUAUCUAAACCAGUGACUCCAGUAUUACCAGACACACCAAAAUCUAGAGGUGUUCAUUUUGCAAAAGUAGAAAAAGUGCAUCUGAAUAAACCAUAUGUACCAGAUAAGGUGAUGACUCCAGAGAAAGUGAAGGGUAUCAUUAAACCUCCAAGGUUAGCCAGAAGACCUCUUCACCCAGAACAAGUACAACUUAAACCAAGAAAAUCUACUAGGGGAAAUGUCUGUUUUAGUCAGACAACAGUAGAAGAUGCCGAGGAUUCUAUUGAAGAAGAAGAAAAAGAUCAAUCAGUACCUAAUUCACAAACUAGUUCAACUAAUGGAAAUAUGCGAGCUCAAACCAGUUCCAGUGGUAUUAAAUCUCGUGGUAGAAAACGUCAGAUAGAAACUGAUAGUAGUAAUGAUGAUUUUAGUGAAAUAGAAGAAUCAGCUGUGACACCACAACCUACCAAAAGACGUAGAACAUAUGUCACUACACCACAUCCUGUUAAAGGCAGAAGGCGAUCUAAAGUUGCAGCUGUUAGUGUGAAUGAUGAAGAUGAUUAUGCUGAUGUGAGUGAUACAAGUGAUGCUGUUUCUGACCAACCAUCACCAAAACGUGAUACAAAACCUGAACCAAAGAGAGGAAGAAAAAAGAAAGCUGCAGUGAUUGAAGCAAUUGAGGAUGAAGUUCCAGUAGAAAAAGACAAUUCACAGGAUAAAGAAGAAGAUCAAAUGGAGAAAGAGGAAAUUCAAGUUGAAAAAGAACCAGUGCCUAAGAAAACAACUAAAAGUAAAACUACACAACUAAAACAAACUAAGAAAGGAAAGGGAGGCAGUAAAAAUGGUGAAUCCAAUGAGGAGAGUGAGAAGAAUGAAGAAAUUGUGAUGUCAACCCCUACUAAAAAACGCCGUUCUGCAAUAGUAUCUAAAAAGAUCACUGUAUCAGAGACUGAAAAUAAGAGCGAAGAUGUAAAAUCAACACCAACCAAAAGGAGACGCUCAUCUCUAACAACUUCUUCAAAAAUUACUAGUAGAGUAAGUGAAGAUAAUGAUGAAAGUGAAGAUUCUACUAUAGGAACACCAUCUAAACGUCGACGUUCUAUUUUACCUAAAUCAAGUAAAGCUUCGAGUAGUAAGAUGGCAGAUAUACCAGAAGAUAAGUCUGUAUUAACACCAGUUCAACGUGAAAUUAUGGCCAAAAUGAAUCCUAAAGCAUCUAAAGGCAAGAAAACGGAAGAUUCAGAAGAUAGUUCCCCAGAGAAAACAGCUACUACAGUGAAGAAGGCUGGUGGUAGUAAAGGAAAAGAAGAGAAGAAGGUAGAAGAUAAACCUAAUUUAACACCAACCGCACGAUUAGUUCUAGCCAAGAUGCAACAGAAGGAAAAUAGUAAAAAAACAAAAGGAAUUGCUUCUAGUGAUGUCAAUACUGAUAGUGAUGCAUCAGAUGCAUCGAAGAAAAAGUCAAAACGAAAAUAAAAUGUUUUGGAAACUGAAAACUGAAAAAAAAUUGUUUUUAUAUAAUCAUGGUGUAAGAAUUUCAAAACAUUGUAUUGAAUACUAUUUACGUUUAUCACCCAUUUGCAAUAACUACUGUUUUAUUUAUGCAGAAAAAAUAUGUGCAAAAAGUUGUAAUCUUCUCUUUUUUUAUUUGCCCCUUGACCUCUAGUAGAGACAAUAGAUAGUUUCUAGCAUCCUGAUGAACAAACCAGCACAAUAUGCAAAUUAGUUUACCAAUUAGCUAUAGUUAUUCUUGCCAUUUGUAUGAUUUACCAGAUUCGAAUACAUUACGUCAUGUUGAAAUGGGAAAUGAAAGCAUCAAUUUGUGCCAUUCCGAUUUUCAAUCGGACGCCUGUGGUUCUAGCAUUUCUACUAUAACUAAGUGUUUUAUGACGUCAUCCCCGCAAAGGACAUAUGUGAUUUGCGGGGGUAAUGUCAUAAAACACUUUAGUGGAAUUGCAGGAAUUACAGGCGCUGAUUGAAAAUUGGAAUGGAGCAAAUUUAAACCAUCAGUGUCCCCGAAUCGCAUCAAAAAUUUAGAAAACCUUUUUACAAUCCCUUUAAGGUACAUGCUCAGUUUGCUACUGUAUUCAGCACAUUUAUUUAAGCACUUAAAAAAAUACAAACUAUAUAACACAAUAUUAGAUACACUUUGACUUAUUUUCAAUUCAGCAAUGAAACCAUUUCACGUUAUAACAACCAAUUUGAUGCAUUUUUGAUUUUGAAUCUUAGGAACUCAUUAAUAACUUAACAAAAUAUUAAUGAC